AAGAGGCCCUGGUACUCUGCCAUCAACAUGAUCCCUCACACAGCCCUCUGCAAAGUCUUUCCUUUGGUCAUAGCUGGGGUCAUUGUGUUCACGGUGAACGGAAUUACCGGAGACUCUUUGUUUGAGUGCCUCCAAGACACAGACUAUGAUGAGCUUCUUGCCAUGGUGGAUAAAGGUCUUCCCCCUACAAACACACCUCGUCAUGUAGCAAUCAUUGGUGGAGGCAUUGCUGGAUUGACUGCUGCAAAGUUUUUGGAAGAUGCCGGGCAUAAGGUGACCAUAAUAGAGGCCAGUAAUCGCAUUGGAGGACGUGUGGAGACAUACAGGAACCGACGGGAGGGUUGGUAUGCAGAAGUGGGUGCCAUGAGGAUCCCCAGCUUUCACAAGAUUCUGCUUUCCUUUGUCUCCAAAUUGCAAAUAUCGCUCAACCACUUCAUCCAGGAUGACCUGAACACCUACUACCUAGUUAACGGAGUGCUUUGGAAAACGCAUGCUGUGCAGAUCAACCCCAAUAUCCUUAACUACACCUUGACUGAAGAGGAGAGGGGGAAGUCAGCUGCUCAGCUCUUCAGUCAAGCUUUGGGCAAAGUAAGGGAUGAAUUGAAGUCAAUGGGCUGUGGUGCCAUGCUGAAUAAAUAUGACUCCUACUCUGUGAAGGAAUAUCUGGUGAAGGAGGGAAAUCUGAGUCGUGGUGCUUUGAGGAUGAUCGGGGACAUCCUAAAUGAAAACAGUCUCUUCUACACCUCGCUGACAGAGAUGCUGUACAUACAGUCUGACAUCAGCGACAACAUCGAGUACUAUGAAGUGACAGAUGGCUUUGACCACCUCCCACAGGCCUUUGGUCAGAUGUUAAACAGCACCAUCCUUCUGAAUUCCAAGGUCAAGUUAAUCACCCAAUCAGGUGGCAGCAAUGUGACUGUGACAUACCAGGACUGGCGUCGCUCAGCCCCGUUGACCAAUCUCACAGUUGACUAUGCACUGGUGACAGCCACCGCCAAGGCCACUCUCUUUAUUGACUUCCAACCCCCUCUCUCCAACCACAAGAUGGAAGCACUGCGUUCAGUCCACUACACCAGUUCCACCAAGGUUGUACUCAGCUUCAGCGAGCGCUUCUGGGAAAAGGAUGGCAUUAAAGGUGGGAAAAGUAUCACAGACCUGCCCUCUCGCUUUAUCUACUACCCCAGUCAUAGCUUUCCUGGAACAGCUGGGGGGGCCCUUUUGGCAUCCUACACUUGCUCUGAUGAUUCGACCCUCUUCCAAGGGGUGAGUGAGGAGGAUCUGAAGGCUCUGGUGCUUGAGGACUUGGUGAAGAUUCAUGGAGAGGAGAUAAGACCUCUGUGCACUGGAGGACUGGUGAAAAAGUGGGGCUUGGAUCCUUACAGUCUGGGGGCGUUCGCUCUAUAUACACCGUACCAGCAGGUGGACUAUGCCAGCGAACUGUUCAAAAGUGAGGGAAGGGUACACUUUGCAGGAGAACACGCAGCCACACCUCAUGGGUGGAUUGAAACGUCCAUGAAGUCUGCGUUAAGGGCAGCUAAAAACAUUAACAGUCUUACACUUUAGUUUUGUGUAUAAUAGAUUUUGAUGACUACAAAUGUACCUUUUUCUGCUUAUUUGAACACAUUUUGUUUGUACUCGUAUAAAGUGAAGAGAAUUAUGUGUCUUGUAUGGAGUAUGCCUACUGUAUAAUGCAAAAGACUCAAAUCAAUCCCAAUUGUUCACUGGACAGAAUGAUUACGAGAGAUGUAGGCCAAAUGUUUACUGUAUCUGUACCAGCUAAUGUCAUGUUUUGCCUGCUGUUGGUCUCAUUUUCCCAGGGUUAUGAUAUUUUGCUGUA